AGUUCCUUCCCUAUAGCUCUGGUCUUCUCCUUUUAGCGCAAGAAGUAUGAAAGCGCUGAAGUCUGCGGAGGCUGUAAUUGCUGUACGGCCACUUCAGACGGCGGAUUGACCAAACAGAAACCUAUAACUAGGCAUUGCACGUGUCACGCAGCAGUGUCUGAGAGGAAAAAAGCCCUAAAAUGCAGGACAACAAUAGCGCUGUGCUCUGAGCUGCGACAACUACAGCGCUGUGCUCUGUGCUUCGACACUUGACUCGAGCCAAGGGACUUCGGUCAGUCAGUCGAUUAGACAGCACUCCACCGACCGCACGCACCUGCGACAGGUCUGGGAAGCACUGAUGUAGGCUCCCCGGUGGGCAAGGAAUGGACCAAGGCCAUGGCGAAUUGUAAUCCACUUAGAUCACCGUCCUCCGCCCUCAGUGAGGUCAACCUGGGACCCUCGGCAAACCCACAUGCCAAGCCCACUGACUUUGACUUCUUGGCUGUUAUUGGAAAAGGGACCUAUGGGAAGGUCCUGCUCGCCAAGCUCAAAGCUGACAACAAAUUCUAUGCGGUCAAAGUUUUACAGAAGAAAGUCAUCCUGAAGAAAAAGGAGCAAAAGAACAUCAUGGCAGAGAGGAACGUGCUGCUGAAGAGCCUGAAGCACCCUUUCCUGGUGGGCCUCCACUACUCCUUCCAGACCCCAGAGAAGCUCUACUUUGUCCUGGACUAUGUCAACGGGGGAGAGAUUUUCUUCCACCUGCAGAGGGAGCGGUGCUUCUUGGAGCCGAGGGCUCGGUUCUAUGCUGCCGAGGUUGCCAGUGCCAUCGGCUACCUUCACUCCCUCAACAUCGUUUACAGAGAUUUAAAGCCAGAGAAUAUUCUCUUAGACUCUCAGGGCCACGUGGUGCUUACGGACUUUGGGCUGUGUAAAGAGGGUGUGGAGCCGGAGACCACCACGUCCACUUUCUGUGGAACCCCCGAGUAUUUGGCCCCUGAGAUUCUGCGUAAGGAGCCCUAUGACCGCACUGUGGACUGGUGGUGUCUGGGAGCUGUGCUCUAUGAGAUGAUCUAUAGUCUUCCUCCUUUUUACAGCCGGGACAUGUCUGAGCUGUAUGAUGGUAUCCUGCACAAGCCUCUGCCUCUGCCCCCAGGGAAGUCAGACGCUGUCUGUAGUCUGCUCCAGGGCCUCCUGCAGAAAGACCAGCACUGCAGGCUGGGAGCCAUCGACGACUUUUUAGAAAUCAAGAACCAUGUGUUCUUCUCCCCGAUUAACUGGGAUGACCUGUACCACAAGCGGAUCACUCCUCCAUACUACCCCAAUGUGAAAGGGCCAGCAGACACGCAGCACAUAGACCCAGAGUUCACCAGGGAGAUGGUGCCUAACUCGGUGGGUCGCACCCCUGAGCUGAACGCCAGCACCAGCAGCAACAGCGCCUUCAAUGGCUUCUCCUACGUCUGUGGUGAAGAAGACAGCUUCCUCUAAGGCAGGGAAGAAGGGCCCUCGCAGCACCACCACUGCCUGAGCUCGGGGUAGAAGUUACCCCUGACCACAUAUCUAGGAUUCAAUUCCUCAACCCCAAAUCCUAACCUUAACCUCUAAGUCAGGGGGUGAAAAAGAUAUUUGGCCCUUGAUCCGUUAGUGGCAACCUCCUAUCAACUUCAUUGGCCAUCAGCCAUAGAAAUGGAGCACAUUGAACAGAAUGCAUUUUUGUGUCGGCUAUGCACAGUAGCUGCCACGUCUGUUUAUCUAGACCUCAUUAGAACAGGCAGACACGGCAAACACUAAUGAUAUGUGUGAAACUCUAGUCUAAACCAUGUUUCUGCUCUUUAAGUGCCCGUUUUUAAUACAAAACACGGUGGACCUUCCAAACAUUUGAAAUGUGAUGAUUGUCCAACAAUAUAUUAUUGAUUUGAAAACA